AUGCUGCCCACUCCCCCGCACCGGCAGGCAGCAGCGGCAGUGGGCACCACCCAUGGGCACAGGGACUCCCCAAGAGGGACCUUCACAGGGCAGUUCUGCUGCCCAGGGCAGGCGGCACAGCUUCAGCCCCCACACCCCAGCUCCCAGCACCGACACACACCCCAGAGGAGACAAGCGCUGGAGCCUAAAGACUCAGGCUCAAAGGAGGCUGACCACGAAAUCCGCAACCGCAAGAAGAACAGGCAAGCCAGCGAACUCCGCGGUCCGCCCACCGCGCCGUGCGGGCCAAUGAAAAGCAAGACAGCGGCUCAUUUGCAUGCGGGGCUCCUCGGCCAAUGGGCGGCGUUCGCGGGCGCGUGCGCGCAGGUGGGCGGCAGCGGCGGCGGCCGGCGGGCUCAGUCCGAGGAUGGCCGCGGCCGCGGCGGUGGAGCCCCGGGCCCGGCCCCCGGCCCCGCCAGGGCCCCGCCGCCCUCCGGCCCCCCCCCCGCCAGGUCCCGCCGCAGGCGCCCCGCUCUCUCGCGGCGCCGGCCCGCGCUCUUCUUCUCUCACAACAUCUCCCUGGACGGCCGGCCCCCGAGCCUGGGCCCGGCGAGAGAAGCCCCGCCGCCGCCGCCCCCGCCGCCGCCGCCGCCCGCCGAGGCCCACGAGCCGCCCGCGCCGCCGCGACCCCCGGGACCCGAGCCCUCCUCCCGCGGCCCGCCGCCUCCGCCGCCGCCUCCGCGCCCCCCCGCCAUCCUGCCCUGUCUGCCCUUAUCGCGUGCAGGGCUCGUCUCUCCCCAGGCCUUCUCAUCCCCUCCCCUCCCCCUCCCCCGCUGGCUCGGGAUGGGAUAUGGUGUGGGUCCAGCAGGAGAGCGUCUCAGACGGCGAGUUGCCUCCCAGCGCUGCUCUCUCGAGUUCCUGGAAGAUGCUGCGGGAUGUGCCUCCGUUCAGAGAACCAAACACAUAUCCGGCUCCCCAAGACAUAAAGGCCUAAAGAAGACUCACUUCAUCAAGAACAUGCGACAGUACGACACGAGGAACAGCAGGAUCGUGCUGAUCUGUGCCAAGCGGUCCCUGUGUGCAGCCUUCUCGGUCCUGCCCUAUGGAGAAGGCCUGCGGGUCAGUGACCUGCGGGUGGACGGCCAGAAGCAGAGGCAUCCGUCAGGCGGCGUCUCCGUGUCUUGAAUGGUCUUUGAGCUGGAGGGCGUCGAGCUGGGAGCAGAUGGGAAGGUGGUGUCUUAUGCCAAGUUCUUGUACCCCACCAACGCCCUGGUCACUCACAAGACAGACAGCCACGGCCUGCCACCCCAGCCCCGGCCCAGCAUCCCCCGGGCUCUGCCAGGGUCAAGAUACAAACCUACCCCAGAGUCAGCACCAGCCGGCACGGAUCUAGGUACCCCACGUGCCCUAACCGGUGCCGGGGACACGCUGGAGUAUAACCCCAACCUCCUGGACGACCCACAAUGGCCCUGGCAGCACAAGCGGGUCCUCAUCUUCGCAUCUUACAUGACCACGGUAAUAGAGUACGUGAAGCCCUCUGACCUCAAGAAGGACAUGAAUGAGACCUUCCGGGAGAAGUUCCCACACAUCAAACUGACACUGAGCAAAAUCAGGAGUUUAAAACGGGAGAUGCGGAACCUCUCUGAGGAGUGCAGCCUGGAGCCUGUGACGGUGUCCAUGGCCUACGUGUACUUCGAGAAGCUCGUCCUGCAGGGCAAACUCAACAAGCAGAACCGCAAGCUGUGCGCCGGGGCGUGCGUGCUGCUCGCCGCCAAGAUCAGCCUCCGCAGGAGCGAGGUGAAGCAGCUCAUCGACAAGCUGGAGGAAAGGUUUCGGUUCAACAGAAGGGAUCUGAUCGGGUUUGAGUUCACGGUGCUGGUGGCCUUGGAACUCGCGCUCUACCUUCCCGAGGGCCAGGUGUUACCUCACUACAGACGCCUCACGCAGCAGUUCUAGCCCAGCCUGGCCUCCGCCCGGAGGGCGGCCACCCCUCCCACACCGCCCAGACGCCCCAGCGCUCAGGGCCCCAGGGAUGUGUCCGGGUGAGCGGCCGCCCGGCAGGGACGGCAGGGACGCCUGCCCCUCAACUGAUGCCGCUGUCCCUGCACACCUGCUCCCUUGGAGGACACCGCUUUCAUUCCAAAGCACACCACCCGCCAUGGUACAUUCCUGAGAAUCUUCUCGCAUUUUUACGCGAGCAAAACGUGAGGUUUUAUUUUUUUCAUGUGCCUGAGACCGACCCGAUCCUCAAGUGGUCAUUUCGGCAUCUUCCUUUGCACCGCCUGGUCUUCCGCAAACCACCACAGCCACUGCGCUCGCAUCGCAGAGAUCUGGGUUUCCGGAGCCUGCGGAACACUCUGGAAUUGCAGAAGUUGGCGUAUCGAAACAUUAGUCUUGGCUCUUUCCGGUUUUCGUUGGUGGACACAGCUCCCUCCCGGCCCAGCUGAGCCCCUCGGGGAUGCCCACUGGCCUCCCCCGGCAUCCUUCCACAGGCGGGGCUCUGGCAUCAAUGCAACUAGGGCAGACUCCGGUUUCUCUCACUUUUUACUCCAAGCAUCGUGUCACUGUGAAAUCCUGAUGCCCGAGCGUCACACAUGCCAGCAGGCCUCCGCGCAGACACUAGCCCACCCCAGGGGGGACCCACCCUUCACCUCUCACCGGGAAACCCUGCUUGCCUGCGACACUCUGGACCUUCAGGAUGUUUGUUGGACUGCUUGCUCCUGCUCUUGAUCUUCUAAGCAAUAUCGUGAUGGAGAAAACCGGUGUAUUUAUUGUUACUUGGAUUUGGUUUGAUGGGUCUUAAGGGAACAAAAUCUGGUCGGGAGCAGUUGAGGCCGUGACUUGGAACACCACACUUGACUCUCAGGCAGGCGGGAGGGGGACGGGCUACUCCACAGCCCCCACCAACGGCCCCAUCUCCCUGGGGGGUGGGUGCGCACGCCUUUCUUCGUAGGCAGGACGCAGUCUUGGCUGUCACACAAAGCAAGACCAGGGAGUGGUGGUUGUCACCUGUCUGCAGGCCUGUGCCCCUUCUCUCAACAGGGCCCGUGUUCAGCUUUCCCAGGUCGCGUGUCCUUCCUGCACGUUCUGUGACCCGGUUCUCCAGCUCACUGUCCCGUCAAACACUGAAGAACCAAGGAUGAUUUCCCUCCCUGGGUCAGCUGGCGUUAAAAAGGACCACGUUGGCUGGGCCACUAAGCUGCUUCCCUGUCGUCCUACAAACCUGUCAGUCUCUGCGACAGCCCCACCCUGUAUUGUGUGUGAACUCAUGCUUUUGCCAAAAGGAGACACCGGUUCUGCUCAUCACGACGCUCAGGCACCAGCGGCUCAGCCUGGACCCCAGCACCCGUGUCUGCGUGCAGGCCAGCUGUUCCUCUUCCCCCGGGGGAUGAAGCCCAAGCCUGUAUUCCAACCCUAUUUAUUGUGGGAUAAACUCCCUGUCCCCCUCGACGGCCUCUAAUGCACACGUGUCCCAGGCGGACGAGGGUGGGAGGGAGCUGAGAUACAGGUGCUUUUCUCCUGGACAGCAACGUGUGCAGCCCUCGUAUCUCAAGGACACUCUAGUGUGCCAAGCACUGGAAGGGACGGGUUCCCAGACUUCACCUCAAGAGGGCAUGCGUCCUGGUCCUCGACAAUUUCCACACAGGUGUUCGAACAGCUGACAGCAGUUUAGGUUUCUGUGUUCCCAUAGUAAGAUUUAGUCCUUCACAGACCUGUAACUCUCCCUUUGGUGUGUCCUGUCCUCGACGCCAAAAGCUGCUCGUGUGGCGGUCAGUGAUCACUGCAGCAAAGCCAGUAUUGAAGCCAAACGCGUCUGAGCCCCUCACUCUCUAGAUCGAGCCCAGACAUCUAAGAGGCGGCUCCGAAAGCAGCUGUGCAUUUAAAAGUGCGCUAAGCGACUAUCUGACCUCAAUGUCAAGUCACAUGUCAUUUGUUGCAAACGGUAAUGUAUUUGUGGUUCAAAGUAAAAUGUGAUUUUGCAAAGUA